CCCAGAAACACCUGUUCACAUUCCAGAGGCGGCAGAGCUGCCAUCAGGACCGGAUCUAUCAGCAUCUUAUAGAGACUGCGCCGUCCGGACGCUACCAUAUCACCUGCGCCAAUCUUACCCAUCCACCUGUAGGGAUCCACACAGCUGAGCCAGGACUCCUGGAUUUACCCUGAGCCGCCUCCCUGUCUGUCACUUUCCUCGCCCAGGGUGGUUUCUUCUCCUUGGAUCCUUGGGGACGACCUUUGGAUAUUUGGCACCUGGAGCCCGCGAAUAGGAAUGGUGGAUUUUAGUGUCACCAUGAAGAUGCGUCUCCACCGCGUAAUGUUACUCCUGGGAGCCCUGAACUUGGCGUCCGCUCAAAUCCUUAAUCGCAUUGUCGGAGGACAGAAUGGAAACAUUCAGGAUUUUCCCUGGCAGGCCAGCCUGCGGUAUCAGUCACUGCACGCCUGCGGAGCAUCGAUACUAUCAGCGCAGUAUGUCCUGACCGCCGCACAUUGCUUCCCAACGGAACAUAGCGAUGCAGAUUACGAUGUCAUUGUUGGGACGACCUCUCUUUCCGUCCCGGACGCCAGCAUCCAGACAAUCAUGGUGGAGAAGUCGUACAAGAACCCCGGAUACUCCGAGGACGUUUAUUCUUUUGAUAUCGCUGUGGUGAAACUGAAAUCCCCAAUAAGCUUCAGCAGCUCUGUCCAGCCCAUCCGCCUGCCGUCUGCCAAUGUCCAGUUCCCAGCUGGAAUGAAAUGUAAGAUCUCCGGCUGGGGCCAUGUUAAACCCUCGGUUCCACUCGCAAGCCCCCAAACUCUCCAGGUCGGCCAAGUGAUCCUCAUCAGCAGAAGGACGUGCAACUGUCUGUACCACAUCAAUCCCAGCGCGAACACCCUGUCAUCUAUACAGCAGGACAUGAUCUGCGCAGGGACGGUCGAUGGGUCUGUCGAUGCCUGUCAGGGUGAUUCUGGAGGACCCCUCUCCUGUAACACAAACAGCAAGUGGUACCAGGUCGGUGUGGUGAGCUGGGGCGAGGAGUGCGGUACACCAAACAGGCCUGGUGUCUACAUUGCGACGUCCGCCUACAUCGACUGGAUCAAGAGCAUUGUCCCCGACGUCCAGGUGGACGACUUCACCGUUGAUGCCUCCCCAGAGCCAGACAACGAAGGCGGAUGCAUAGCAGCGGAUGGUCAGACGUACCCCUACCCUAAUAGUGCAUCAGCAGUGAUAGUCACACUGGGCAUGCUUCCCCUGUACUGGAUGACCGCCUACUUCCUGACUGACCUGUAGACAGGCUGUUACUAAUUCAUCAGGUCAUGUGACUUCUAUAUACCCACUCUCUAAAUUUAUCACUCCACCCAUUUGUAUCUUGUCCUCUUUUUUUAAUUUUUUUAAUGUUGGAGGUUUGGCCGAAGCCACGCCCAUGUGCCAGAUGUGACCCUGACUGGCGCUCGCUCCCAUAGAUGCUAUACCAACUUGUCUUCCAGCGGUUGAUGAUGAAUUUUUCUCUUUAAUAAGUGACUUCUCCAAUGGUCUGAGACCAGUCCCACCCUGAAGAAGACAACCUGUGGCCAUUACGGCACCACUGCCCUCAGCAUGACAUCGAGAAGUGAAUGAGCGACACAUCCUGUGGUUGAUGGAAGACCUAUUCAGAAGACCCCCUCAGGGGUGUGGCUGCUAUUGGGUACCUCCCAUGAGGAUCUCACUGGAGUAGGGAAUCUUUGUCUCUAGGGCUAGCUGGACUUUUGUGUUCCACUCUGAGGGUUGCUGGGUCACAUCUUCAGGCUGCGGGAUCCUGGGUCUAUAGUUUCUCUGUAGCGUCACCUACUGGUUGUAAAUAAAAUUCUAUAAAAAUGUAUAUGGCCAUAAAAAGGAGUCUGGAAAAACGUAUUUUCUAUGGUGACCGUAGAAGUGCUCCGAUUCAUCCUGAUCAUUAGAAUGGGGCCGAUUUCCUUAUACCAAUAUUGAAUAUGCGAAAUCUUAUUGAGCUUCUAUAUCUAUAAUCUUCCCCUCAUCGCCAUCCCAUAAAAAAGCCCAUCAGAUAUGUUUCCAAGAAAUUUGGGUAAGAUUAAGUUCCCAUAGGGCUUAUCACCCCUCUCUGACCGACCCGACCAACUUUGACUAUCUUCUCUCUUUUCAUAAUUUUUUAUUUUUUAUCCAAAACAUGCAAAUCUUUCCCUUUUUAUAGAUCUUUUUCCUGCACCCGUUACACUGCUGGUUUUGGUUAAAAAAAAAAAAAAAAAAAAGAAAUCCCCAAAAUAGCCUUACUGCCUUCCUCCUUGAGGUCAUAGGAUUCAUUCAGAGAAUUUUUAUGGUGCGAAUAUAAAGUAAAUGCAUCUGGAGACGUCUCACAAUCCUCUGUAAAUUGUAGAUUUCAUUCUUUGUAAUCUUUGCUGCUGAAAGAAAUUGUAAUAUCUGAGAAUAAAUUAUUUUUAAG